ACUCUGGGUGCCAGGCGGAAAGACAAGGUCUCACCACUCAGACCCAGAGUUGUCUAAUUUAAGGUGUUCUUCAACUUGCUUAGUCUUUAGAAAUAACUAGUGAUAGGCUGGGGUUGUGGCUCAGUGGUAGAGCGCUUGCUUAGCAUGUGGGAGGCACUGGGUUCGAACCUCAGCACCACAUAAAAUAAAAGCAAAGGUCCAUCAACAACUAAAAAAUAUUUAAAAAAAUAACUAGUGAUAAACACAGAAGGUGGGGCCUUGUUUUUUAACCAUGUGAUCCAAGCGACAAGUCCUAGAACGUAAGUCUCAGGGGUUAACGUCCUUCCGCAAGCUCCGAGAAUGGAGUCCUGGGCCUUUAAGACGUGUGCCAAGGGGCGGGGUUUAUGGCGGAAGCAGUAGCGCCCGGCCGAAGUCCGGCAGAGGAAGGGCGGAAGUAGAGGGUACAUUCCUGCCAUCAUGGCGCAGGAAGGAGAAGAUGUUAGAGAUUACAAUUUGACUGAGGAGCAGAAGGCGAUCAAGGCCAAGUAUCCUCCAGUCAAUCGGAAGUACGAAUAUUUGGAUCAUACAGCAGAUGUCCAGUUACAUGCAUGGGGAGAUACUCUGGAGGAAGCAUUUGAGCAGUGUGCAAUGGCCAUGUUUGGUUACAUGACAGAUACUGGGACUGUGGAGCCCCUCCAAACAAUAGAAGUAGAAACCCAAGGAGAUGACUUACAAUCUCUUCUGUUUCACUUUUUGGAUGAGUGGCUUUAUAAGUUCAGUGCUGAUGAAUUCUUCAUACCCCGGGUGGGGAGAAGAAUUUUCAUUGUCCAAGCACCCUCAGGGAACGGAAGUCAAAGCAAUAACAUAUUCAGCAAUGCAGGUCUAUAAUGAAGAGAAGCCAGAAGUUUUUGUGAUAAUUGACAUUUAAGAUGCAAAAAAAUGAAAGAAAAGGAAGGACGGACAUACUCCUAUGAAGACCUUCUUUUUUUUUCAGAAAUCCUCCUUUUGAGAAGAUCAGUGAUUUGAUCUCUGUGGUAUCUUGAUAAAUGGACAUUGAUACAUCAGAAAGUUUUAACUUAAAAUGUGACUUUCAGAAAUGGGAAAAUCAGAGCAUACCCUUGGUCUGUGUUCUCUACAUAUUCAAACUUUAAAGAAUUCUUCAGUGCUUGAGGGCAUUUAUGUUCUCUUUGUUAAUUCCCUGUUAUGUCAGCAAGUACCCCAGAUUCUUCUAAUGGAAUGAGAGUCUUCCAGCUUGGUCCCAGAAAGAAUCACUGGUAUAAGUAGCAGUUGGGAUGGAAUCUAAUUUGGAAAAAAGAAUAAUUUGAGAAAAUAACAUUUCUAUAACUAGAAUUAUGCUUUUCUUCUAAAUUUGUUAAGACACAUAUUCUGUAUGUAUGUAUCUAAGGCAUAUCAUGUCUUAUGUUGCUAUGGGACUUACCCUGUAUUCUAGUUGGUUUUAGAAAAGAACUGACCAGAAGAUUUCUAUA